AAAAAAAAACGACGACGACGAUAAAAUCUCCGUUGAACACUCAAAUGUAACACUUCAAAGUUCAAACAGAGACAACAAAAUCACAACAUUUAAAUCACACUAAAAUAACUCCAGAAAAAGAAAAAAAAAUCAAUUCUUCCUCUCUCUCUCUCUCUCUCUCUCUCACAUUGUCAUCACCGUCUUGACCUUCAUCGGAAUCACCGACAAGCUGGACAGAUACUUUCUCCAGGAGGGGACUCGGGGGAAAACCAAAUUCAGAUAUAAGUUGACAAAUUUGAUGUUUCGUCCCAAACCAUGUUUGAAGAUUUUGGCGUUAUAAUAGGGACUGUUUGUCCUUGAUCUUGCUCUUCUCCAUCACCAUGUUGUACUCGAAAACGCCACCUCUUCAGACUUUGCUCAAAAGAGGCUUCACUCCCACGCUUAAGCCCCUCAACCAAUUCCUCACUUUCCUCUUUCAAGCACGCAAGUUCAAGCUCAUCAUCCACUUAUUCUCACAGGCAAACUCCAAUGGAAUCACAGGCAACUCCGAAACACACUCAAUUUUCACGUGGGCACUCCUAAAUUUGCGCAAGUACAAGGAGGCAGAGCAAUUCAUGAAGACCCACAUGGUAAAAAGUUCAGAUUUUUGGAACACUCGCUUGUGGGAUACUCUAAUCCGAGGAUUUUGCACCGAUAAGAAGGACCCAGAAAAGGCAUUGAUUGUACUAAAGGAGUAUCAGAAAAUCCGAGGUAUUAUUUUGCCUUCUUCUUUCACGUUAUGUUCGUUAAUUCAUGGAUUUAGUUCUAAAGGAGAUAUGAGUAGGGCAAUUGAGGUGUUAGAAUUGAUGUCUGAGGUUCAAUACCCGUUUGACAAUUUUGUUUGUAGUUCGGUAUUGGCCGGUUUUUGUCAAAUCGGGAGGCCAGAAUUCGCAGUGAGGUUUUUUGAAAAUGCCGUGAGUUCUGAGGCUUUGAAGCCUAAUGUAGUGACUUACACUGCACUUGUUGGUGCUCUUUGUAAGUUGGGUAGAGUUAAUGAGGUUCAUGACUUGGUUUUUAGGAUGGAGAAGGAAGGAGUGGAAUGUGAUGCUGUUUUCUUUAGUAGUUGGAUUUGUGGGUACAUUUCAGAAGGGUUAUUGACUGAGGUGUUUCAGAGGAAUAGACAUAUGGUGAAAAAAGGAAUAAGUCCUGAUAUUGUUAGUUAUACUGUACUGGUUGAUGGGUUUGCAAAACUAGGAGAUGUAGAGAAGGCGGUUGGGUUUUUGGAGAAGAUGAGGAAUGGUGGGCUGGGGCCUAAUUUGGUUACAUUUACCGCCAUCAUGUUGGGAUUCUGUAGAAAAGGGAAAUUGGACGAGGCGUUCAAAGUUUUGAAGAUGGUUGAAGAUUUGGGGAUUGAAGUUGACGAAUUUAUGUAUGCAACUUUGAUUGAUGGUUGUUGCAUGAAGGGCGAUUUUGAUUGCGUUUUCGAUCUUCUUGAUGAAAUGGAGAAGAGAGGGAUUAGUCCGAGCAUUGUCACGUACAAUAUUGUGAUCAAUGGACUGUGCAAGUUUGGGAGGAUGGCUGAGGCAGAGGAGGUUUCCAAGGGUGUAAUUGGAGAUACCAUAACUUACAGUACGUUAUUACAUGGGUAUGGUAAGGAAGAAAAUAUCACUGGGAUUUUGGAAACUAAGAAGAGAUUGGAAGAAGCUGGCGUCCAUAUGGAUGUUGUUAUGUGCAACAUACUCAUCAAAGCACUAUUUAUGGUCGGAGCAUUUGAGGAUGCAUAUAUGCUUUACAAGGGAAUGCCAGAAAAGAACUUGUCCCCGGACUCUGUUACAUGUUGUACUAUGAUUCAUGGGUAUUGUAAAGUAGGUAGAAUUGAUGAGGCACUCGAGAUAUUUAAUGAAUUUAGGAGCACAACAAUUUCUGCGGUUGCCGUCUACGAUUGUCUUAUCAGGGGGCUUUGCAACAAGGGUAUGGCAGAUCUGGCCAUUGAUGUGUUUAUUGAACUCAAUGAGAAAGAUUUUCCUUUGGAUCUGGGUGUUUAUAUGAUGUUAAUCAAAUUGGUUAUGGAAGAAAAAGGGGCACCUGGGAUUUCGAAUUUACUUCUCACAUUGGAUAAUACAAAGCCUGAAGUGUACGAUAUUUUAUGCAAUAAGGCCAUCAGUUUUUUGUGCAAGAGGCGCCAUCCUAGUGCUGCAUUCGAAGUGUUAAUGGUGAUGCAGGCGAAAGGAUCAAUUUUGACAAGCAAGUCUUACUAUUUAAUUAUAAAAGGGCUAGUUACUAGUGGAAAUAAGUGGUUAAGUUUGGCUGUUUUGAAUAACUUUAUAAAAGAAUAUGGUAUGGCGGAACCUAGGGUUGGCAAGAUUGUAGCCUUUUACCUAUGUCUGAAAGAUGUCAAUAGUGCCCGUUUAUUUUUAGAGAAAAUGAAUGUUAAUUCUGCAACUGUUACUUUGCCUCGAACUCUUUUUAAGCAGCUUGUCAAAGAUGGAAGAGUUUUGGAUGCAUAUAAACUUGUUGUAGAGAUUGAGGAUAAUCUACCUGUAAUGGAUGUGUAUGAUUAUACAUAUGUGGCUCAUGGCCUCUGCAAGGAAGGAUAUAUCAGUGAGGCGUUGGAUCUCUUAACUUUUGCUAAACGAAAGGGGAUUGCUCUAAACAUUGUCUCUUAUAAUAUGGUUAUAAGUGCGUUGUGUCGGCAGGGCUGCCUAGUUGAAGCAUUUCGACUAUUUGAUUCCUUAGAGAAAGUUGAUUUGAUUCCAUCUGAAGUUACAUAUGCUAUAUUGGUUGGUGCUUUAUGUAGAGAGCAAUUUCUGCUGGAUGCCACUCAGCUGUUCAAGAGGAUGCUCUUCAUGGGCUAUAAACCAGAUAUUUGUGUGUAUAACUCGCUCAUUGAUGGUUAUUCGAGAAAUGGUCAAAUGGAUGAAGCUUUGAAGCUGGUCCAUGAUUUAGAGGUAAAAGGCCUUAUACCCGAUGAAUUCACCGUUAGCGCUCUAAUUAAUGGUUGCUGCCAUAAAGGUGACAUGGAAGGGGCUCUUGAAUAUUUUUUUAAGUUCAAGAGGAAUGGUAUCUCACCUGAUUUCUUGGGCUUCAUGUAUUUGAUUAGAGGUCUAUAUACCAAAGGAAGGAUGGAAGAAACCAGGACAGCCAUAAGAGAAAUGCUUCAAUCGGAAUCUGCUAUGGAGUUGAUAAACAAAGUUGAUACCGAGGAAGAAGCAGAGUCAUUAGAAAGUUUGCUCAUUUGCCUAUGUGAGCAAGGAAGUAUCAAAGAAGCAGUUACCGUACUCAAUGAAGUUGCGUCCAUAUAUUUCCCUCCUCGGAUUUUUAGUCCUCAUUUAAAUGGAUCACACAUAUUACAAAAGCGUCAUGACAACGAAUCAUUUGGUUCUGUCAGCUCAGACUCAUUAACCUACCCCGAAGGAAGUGAUUUGCCGCUUCAAUCAUUUGACACAAAGGGAAAGAUGAUAGGAAAAGAUCUUAACCAUUUAGAGAGAAGAUCUCAGUUUCGUGAUUUUAACAGUUACUAUUCAAUAGUUGCUUCACUUUGCUCAAGAGGGGAGGUGCAGAAGGCUAGUUAUUUAGCAAAGGAAUUAUUUCCAAAGGUGGACUAAGACUAAUAAGCAACCUUAGAAUCUCUGGCUAUUAUAUUAUUGUCAAAGUUGGAAGUCCACUCCCUUUUAUGUGGAUUGCACUUCUCUACCUCCUUCAGUUUGAGUUUAUUGUUCGGUUUUGGGGAAGAGCGCAGGAUCUGAGCAUUAUGGCUGUUCUGGUUGGAAGCAACUCAGUAAAUCACAAAACCUUUGCCCAUCAGAGGAGAAAACCAGUUCUCUCAAUCUCCCCGUGC